AUGGCCAGCAAAGCUCGCGCCUUCCAGCGGACGUGUCGGCUCCGUCUGCGCAGGGCACAUGGCGGUGGUGGCGGCGGCGGCGGCGGCAUGGGCAUAGGUAUGGGCAGUCUUGCCCUUCCCAGCUCCACGGCUGGCGGCUUGUUGCUGGACUUUGCAGCACCGCGGUCGGGUCUUCGCGUGCCUGAAGGAAACUAUCUAUGUUGUCUGAACAUCCCUCCCGUUCGGUCCGCGUCUUCGUCGUCGUCGUUCUCCUCGUCCCGUCAGGACCUCUCUGCCCAUCGUCACCAUCACCACACACCGCUCCCCCCUGCGACUCGACGACCACAAUCGCGCCAUGCAAGCACGAGCUCCAGCUCGAGUUCGGGUCGACGCGCCGUCACCGUCACCUCGGACGACGGCCGGUAUAAUUGGAACGAGCUGAGCACGGGCGAAAAGGCCGCGCGGGGCACCCAGCAGACGUUCAACUUCCUGCUCGUCUCGCUGGGUCUGAUCACUAUCGCCUACUUCCUGUACACCGACCUCUUCGCCCCGGAGUCGUACACGAUCCAAUUCAACGCCGCGGUGUCGCGCGUCAAGUCCUCGCCCGAAUGCCGCGCCCUGCUCGGCCCGGCGUCGCAGAUCACCGCGUACGGCGAGCCGACGUCGAACAAAUGGGCGCGCGCCCGCCCGCUGGCCCACUCCACCGAGGUCGACCGCUUCGGCACCACGCACUUCCGCAUGCACUUCAACGUCGAGGGCGCCGAGACCGGCGUGCGCGGCGUCGUCACCGUGCACAUGACCCGGCCCCGCGACGGCGACCGGCUGGAGUACGAGAUGCUCAGCCUGACCGUCCGCGGCCACGAGACCGUGUACCUCGAGAACAAGGAGGCCGAGAGGGGGAUCAAGGGCAAGGCCGCCAAGAUGUUCGGGGUGCAGUGGCGGUAA